UUCACAUCUCAUUUCUCUCCGCUGAAUCCUUCCCGCUGCACGGAGCUGCUGAGGAGCUGCAUGGUCCAUCCCUGGAUCCUCCAAGCACUGACUCCCACCCACUCUGACCACAGCCAGGGGGUCACAACGCACCACCUGCCCAGCGCCCACCCAUGAAGGUGAGCACCGUGUUUCCUCGUUUUUCCGCACAGACCGAUGGACCUGUCCCAUGUGACAUCAGUGUCAGUGCAGUGAUCAUACAUAUUGUGACACUGCUCAUCUGCCUCUGUGGGCUGGCUGGGAAUGGGGCUGUCCUCUGGCUCCUCUACACAAAUCCCAUCACCUACUUCAUCUUCAACGAGGCCAUCACUGACUUCCUCUUCCUCAUCUUCAUGGUCCCUUCCACCCUGCUCUUCCUGCACGAGGAAGUGUCCUGCUCCACUAUAAUGCCUCCGAUUUACUUUAGCUUGCUUUUCCAGCUGUCCCUGUUCUCCUACAACAUAGGGCUGUACCGGCUGACAGGGCUGUACCGGCUGACAUUCAUCAGCUUUGACAGGUGCAGAUCCAUCCUCUGCCAGGUUUUCUGUGGUUGCCAACUUCCCCUGCGCCUGUUGUGGGUGGUGAAGACUGCACUGUUCUGGAUCUUCCUCUUUGUUCUCAUCUUUGUCAAUCCCAUGGUGACUUCACUGUGCCAGUCACAGGAACAGGAGCAUAGCCAGGUGGCUCUCCUCUCCAUGUAUGUCUUCAACUUCUUCCUGUUUGCUGCUCCCAUGCUCAUUUCCAGCAUAAUUGUCUUCAUUCAUUUCAACCCUGGCUCCCAGCAGUGGAAACACAAGAGGCUCGACAUCGUCAUCUUCCUCGCUGCACUCUUCAGUCUGCCCCUCAGUCUCUUGUAUUUACUGCAGCAGCUCGAGCACGUGUUUGUGUCCACCCAGCUGAUUUUUCUAUUAACCUGCGUAAACAGCAGCAUCAAACCCUUCAUCAACUUCUUGGUGGGGAGCUGGAAGGCAGACUACUCCUUGGAGAACUACUGGAGAGACUGCUCCAUCGACAGCUGCAGGAGUCACUUCUCCAUGCAGUCCCUAAGGAAGGCCCUGCAGAGGGUGUUUGAGGAGCCAGAAGAAAACACUUCCCCCAGCAAUGAAAACACUGCCUCCAGUAAUGAAAACACUGCCUCCAGUGAUGAAAACACUGUGUCCAGUGAUGAAAACACUGCAUCUAGUGAUGAAAACACUGCGUCCAGUGAUGAAAACACUGCAUCUAGUGAUGAAAACACUGCGUCCAGUGAUGAAAACACUGCUCCAGGUGGUGAAAACACUGCAUCCAGUGAUGAAAACACUGCUCCAGGUGAUGAAAACACUGCAUCCAGUGAUGAAAACACUGCCUCCAGCAAUGAAAACACUGACCCCAGUGAUGACAACACUGCCUUCAGUGAUGAUGCCAUCAUGGACACAGCGGUCUGAGCCUGUUAAUCCCCUCCGUUGCUCUGCUGAAGGACCCUGGGACAGUGGCUGAGGGAUUCCUUGAGUCACCUGAUCAAUAAAUAUCCACAGGAUCACCCUCCCUGUGCUGGUGCAUCCCCCACCCCCUUUUCAGGCCACACUGGACUCUCCUACAGGCUUGUGAGGCCUCAGCCUUGAGGAGCAGGCCCUGGGCUCAGCUCUUCUGGCACUGAUCAGAAAUGCCCUCUGCUCCCAGGAACUGCUGCUCUCCAACGACCUGCUGAGGUUUUGUGAACAGCCUUGGAAAUGAUUUUACAUCCCUGAAUGGCACAACAUCCCUGUUCUCACACUUCCACAGAAAGCUGCUGGCCCAAAGUGUGGCCAGGGUGAAACAUUGUUGUGGCUGAAGCCCAUCUCUUGGGGCCCUGUGAACAGCAGUCCAAAAGGAGACCCUUGGAGCUCUGCUGGGCCCCAGCAGCACUGGCCAGAACCUCCCUCGCACUGGGGCCUCUCCGAGCUGGCAUCUCUCCCAUUUGCUGCCCUCAGGGAUGCCCAAACAUAGACAGAUCCUAAACCGAUCCCCACACUGCUCCAGGCUCAACCCUUGGCACAGCGAGGAGAUGCAAAGGCAUCCGGAGUGAGCAUUUCACUGCCUCCAAGGGGAAUUUCCCACAGGGACCUUGCACUGACUCUUUCUGUCUGGGUGCACACACGUGUGCAUCUGCUACAGCAAAUGUGGGAGAAAUGCUGCUCUCUCAGGUGUUUUAGUCCCUGAGACAUCUGAGCGAGCCAGGCCUGUAAGAAAGUAUAUGGCAUAAG